AUGAUCAAAUACAUCAAACCCAAUAUAUCUUUCCCCAAAUAAGCCCGAUAUUAUCAUCUUCAUUUUCCUUCGUCAAUUCACUGAACAAGCCCCAAUCUCCAUUUCCGCCGGCGUACGUCUAAUCAAAUCGCCACUCACUUCAUCACAGGUAUCCUCGAUUUGUCGUCCCAAAUUGCAGUUUAUUCAAUUGGGAGGUGAUGCCUAAAUCAAAAAACGAGCCCCCUGCAGUUCGCGUUUAUACAGUUUGUGAUGAAUCAAGGUACCUGAUUGUUAAGAAUGUUCCUUCUUUGGGUUGUGGAGAUGAGCUCUUGAAGUUGUUCUCUACUUAUGGCCCAGUUGCAGAAUGUAAGCCGAUGGAUGCGGAAGAAUGUGAGGCUUAUACCGAUGUUUAUUGGAUCAAAUUUCAUCAACUCAGCAAUGCUAGGUUUGCCAAAAGAAAGUUAGACGAGUCUGUUUUUCUAGGAAACCAAAUACAAGUGACAUAUGCACCCGAGUAUGAGAGCCUCUCUGACACAAAAGAGAAGUUAGAAGGACGGAGAAAGGAAGUUCUAGCACGUCUUAACCCAGGAAGAUCUAAAGGCCCUUCGGAUUCUAGUAGAGAACCUUCCUCAGCUUCCACUCCUUCGAUCAAGGAGUCAGGUCCCCCUACUUCUUCCUUAUCCCAAAGGAAUUUGGGCGAGCCACGGGCUGGUAUCACAGUACAUGCUUCCUCCAAGCCAUUAGUCUCUUCGGAUAAGGAAUAUUUUCCAUCAGAAUCGAUGAAUCAAACGGUUAAGUUGGUUAGGGAGAAACUGAAUAAGAUAGAAUCAAGUUCAGAGCAUGGGGUAUUGGGGUCUUCCAAGAAGGCGCGUGUCGACAAUAGAAGAAGAAUCUAGAUAUAUAAUGUGGAUAUAAAUAUGUAUUGUAUUUGAAUUUUGAUCAAUGUGGUAAUGUGCAUGGUUCGAGUUUGCUUAUCACAAACUAACCACUGAGGUGGAGUAUUUUACCAUGCCAAAAGUACAUAAACAGACACACAAAUUUUCCACACAACAAAAGUAUGAAUGAUUAUUUAGGUGUUGGGGGCGCCGCUGACGAGGGCGGAGAUGAGAGCGAUGGUGAAACCCUUGUUGUCUAGUAAAAAACAGGUAGGAUUAACACAUAAUAUGCUGGAGCUGAUACACACACAUUGGAGGAGACAACCUGUUUGUAAAGUCCGUUGUUUAGGUGUCCCAACUGCUGACAUGAAUAACAUAUGCCGGUGCAUUGAGGUUCUCACUUUCUCAUCGGAUUUUGGAAAAAUCUGGUGGCAAGAUUAUUUAUAGGAUGGGCGGAGUGUUGUAUCUGUUCCGUGGCAGAAACUAUGAUCACCAAAGACGGCCUCGCUUCCUGAUAAUGCUUUGGAAACCGGCUACACCAGUUUAUGCGAAGCUUAUACAAGAUGCCCCCCGAGGGGCUGACGAAGGAAGAAGCAGAUGAGUUGAGAAUGAAAGGGAAGAGGCUUCUCCCAAUCCGUAAAUUAG